AUGGAUGAAAAUAAUUAGCAUCUUAAUAUUUUCACUUACAAAUUUGAUGAGGAUGUACUGGGUUCAACCUUGGUUUCAAGAGAUUCAAAAUAUUUUAUUUUCAAUGUCUCUAAUAAAUUAACCAUUUUCACAUUUGAUAUUCAUCAAAAAUAAUUAGCCUAAAUUUACUAGGAUAACAGUUCUUAAUAAUAAAUAAAUGUAGUUACUUUAAAUUAAAAAUAAAGCAAAGUCUAUGUUAUAAAAGAUUCAAUUGAUCUAUAUAUUAUUUCCCUUAAAGAUUUUGCUAUUUAAAAAGGUUAACUAGAUUAACAAUAAGUUGUUAUUUCCUUUUUUGUUUCUUCUGAUGACUCUUGGAUUUGUUUAAGCUAAGAUGCAGUCGGUAUAAUGUUUUACUAAAUUAUCUCUUUAGGCUAGAAUUAAAUUUUUUUGAGACUUGCUUGCACAAAUACAUUGAUUAAUUCAUACAACUAUUUGCUAAUUAAAAAUGAUUCAAUACUAAUUACUAUAGACUAUUGGAUUGGUAUUUCAAUUUUCGACAUAACUGAAUUAGCUAAAUCAAUUGAUUCAGGAUAAAGUAACAUUCAAAUGAAGGCUCUACUUUUAAAUUGGUGGAUUGAUUCUACUUAUGCUCCUUAUUCUAAUGCUCUUGAAAUAAAUUUAGAAGAAACAUUCCUUUUUGUAGCUUUCAGAUCAGUUGGAUUUUAUAUAUUUGACAUAUAAAAUCCUUCAUAGCCUUAGAUAGUUUAGCUCAUUUAGAUAUAAAAAGAUAUAAUUUAAAUUAUACAAUCUUAUAAAAAUCCCUAUGUUUAUAUUUAAACUAAAAAAAGGAUUCUAGUCUAUAAAAAAGUAAAAGCUAAUUUUCAAAACAACUACCCAAAUUUGUUUAACAAACAUGCAUCUAUUUUAUCAACUUUGAUUGACACAUCUCAAACCAAACAAAUAAAAUUACUUCCAGAUAAUUCACAUAUGAUAGUUUGUUGCUCAAGUAAUGGUUUGAAUAUAUUAAAGUUAAAGUUAAAUUCUAUACUUUAACCUUUAGAAAUUGUAAGUUAGAUUAAUUAUUCUAGUAAAUUGGACAGUUUUUUGAUAUUUUCGAAUGGUUAAUUAUUAAUUUUAUCUGUUCAAGAUCCAAAUAGUUUUUAUUUUGAUAUCUACGAUCUAGGUAAUUUAAUUUCUCCUCAAAGAGUGCAAAGAAUUAUUUUGGACUAUAAGGACAUAAAUUCAAUAACUUUAAGUAAAGAUGAAACACUAUUUGUAUUUUAAAGUGGUAAUAACUUAGUGUUCUAUGAAGUAUCUAGCAUAUAAUUUAAAUAUCUGAAUACAUUCAAUAUUAAUUCUUCUCCUAUUGUACAAUAGAGUUCAAUUGUUAUUUUGAAUGAAUUCCCUUACAUUUUAGUUUUAAUUUAAGAGUAGUCAAUAACAGCCAUACAAAUUAGUAAUUUGAAUGAACCUUAAAUUAGUAGUGUAUAAGAGUCACUUGGCGCUGUCUAUGGUAUAUAAGGAACAUAUUAAAGCCAUUUCUGUUUUAUAGCUGAUGGUUAAUAAGGUAUUUCAAUCAUUGAUCUUCGCGAAUUACCAAAUAUUGUAAUUAUGACAAAGAUAUCUUUAAACGGAUAUUAGGUUAAUUUAAUCCUUUUAUAAAAUGAUAACUAUAUUAUUUCUAGCUAACAAAGUGGAGGUUAAAUAGAAUUGAUUAAUAUAUUUAAUAUAAAUGAGCCUUAUAUUAUGAGCUAAACUUAAUUUGAAAAUGAAUCAUCUGUAGCUACUGAAAUCAGCUAAGAUUUAAAUUAUUUAUUUAUAUUGAGUUCCAAAGGAAUUAGGAUAUUACCUAUUAAAACUAGCUUUCUUAUAAAUUUUGAAUUUUCUUUAUUACAAGAUACAAACUCUGGUUAAUAAUAAUAAACAAUGCAAGGUACGGAAAAUCUUAUCUUAGAAGUAGGCUAAAAUUUAAUAGUUACCUUAACUUCUAUCUAUCCUCAAAAAAAUGCAGCAAUUACAAACGCAUAUUUUGUCCAAUAAUAUAAAUUGCAAACUCUUCCUUCUUGGCUUUCUUUUGAUAACCAUUUAAAUUAGCUACAGAUAAAUGUAACUAAAGAAAGUUUAACUGGGUUAAUUCAAAAUAAUAAUACAAAUAUAUAGAUAAACUUUAAUAAUGUUGUUUUUGUUACUAAAGUAUAGCUUACAGAAACAUCAUUUAUAUAUUAAGAUAAUAAUACUGGCUCUUACAUAAUUACUGAUGUAUAAAGUAAAUAAAUUUUUUAGUAUUUCAAAAAUUACAACAUACUAAAUGGCUAAAAUUAAAUUUCAGAUUAAUUUUGCUAAAAUGAAUCAUUUGAUUUACCAUCCCUCAGUAAGAUGACCAUUUCUAAUGAAGGAUAUAUUGUUAUAAGAAAUAUUUUACAGAGUAGUGUUGUUUAUUCCCCUCUAAAGUUAUUGCUUUAGAAUUCAUUGAUUGUAAACUUUAAAAAUCCUUUUUAAAUUAUUAGUUCUGUAUCAAAAAUAGCAAGCAUGUCAAUUUAAAUCGACAAAAUAAGUGGAAAAUUUGUUUUAAAAAAUUAUCCUGGAGUAAUCACCUUAUUUUCGAAAGAUUAAGAUAUGCUACAAUUAGAAGGUGAAAUUAUUUAUUUAAAUCAGAUUCUAACUCAAUAGAUUUUGGUUUAUUUUUAUAGCAAUACAUACACUAAAAGCAAUGUAGAAGUAAUUUUAGAUGAUAAAAUAAACUAUUAAUAUGACUAAUUUUUUUUGUAUUAAGAUAUACAAAAUAUAUUCUAGAUAAAAAAAAACAUUUAGAUUUAAAGCACUUAAUCUUUUUAAGCUUAAGUAAAUAGAAUUUUCUCUGAUUCUAUCAUCUACAUUGAUACUUUAAAUACAAUCUAAUUUUCUUUCAACACAUAUGAAUAUACAGAUUUUAAAGACCUCACUUUUUAAGCCUUUGAAAUUAAAGGAGGUAAUUUAAAAUCUCUAAGUGCUUAAAUAGAUGAAAUAAGUUUCUUUCCUUAAUAAUUAAUGUUUAUAAUUAAGCCUCAAAUAUCUGACUAUAGUAGUUCAUUUUGCUUUAUUGUGAAUGCUACAAAUUCAUACUCUUGGGUUCAAGAUCAAUUUUGUGUUAAAGCAAAAGGAUUAUUAAAAUACUGGUAUCUUCUUUUUAAUUUAAUAUUUGCAAAGAAAAAUAAGUACAAAGAAGUUUAGCUAUCUUCAGGUUAAGAAUUUACUUAAAAAAUAAUCUUAGUAAAUGAUAGUUAUAUAAUUUGCAAAAAGCUUUUCAAUAAAUUCAAACAAUAGCUUAAAACCUAAAAAAAAUAGUAAGACUAUAUUUAAAAUUCUUAAAAAGAUAAUAUUUUAUGUUAAUCAUAGCUAAAUAGAGAAACAGAUUAUUCAAAAGAUAAAGAAUUUUUAUCAUUUUAAAAUAUUAACUCAAAAAAGUUAUCAAAUUUAAUCAUAAAUGUAAAUAAGAAGUUAGAUAAAUGUAUAAAAAGCAAAUACAAAGGAAGCUAUGAAGAAUUUGAUUAGUAUAUUAAUCAUCAAAACUGUAUUGAUAAGUAAAAGUUUUUUGCUGAUUUUGAGAAAUCAAACUUACAAAUAUCCUACAACAAAAAAAAGUUAUCUCCAUAAUAAUUUAAAAAAGAUUUAGAAGAUGAAGAUAGCAUUAUAUAUAAUUGCAUAUAUGGUGAGAGUCAAUUAUUAAAAUAAUCUAGUUUCAAAGAAAAGCAAACAUCUAAAAAUACAUGGAUUUAAAUAUAAUAAAAUAAAAAUAGUUUAAAGAACUCUAAUUUCCUAAACUAAAACAAUUAAAACAUAAUUCAAAAACUUUAUAAUUUAAAGCAAACAACAGAUUAAAAAGCAUUAAGAAUAAAGGCAAUAAUAGAUAAUUAGCUAAAAGAAAAAAAUUUAAAAAAUAAUUGUAAUUAACAUUAAUAGUUAUUAAUUCUUAUGGUUCAGAAAUCUUUAAAAACAGUACUGAUUCUUGCAUUAGCCUUAUUUGUGUUGAUAAAAACAACAGUUUCAUUGGCUAUAAAAGAAAUUUAUGUGUCAACUAUAUUUAAGAAUUUCGAAUCAACAUCUAAUUAACAAUAUUUUAAGUAGAUUGCGGUCGCUAAAAAAGCAGGGUUAAUUUAUUUUAAAUAAGGCUAAAGUACGAUUAACAUUUAUGAUGAGAAUAAUAACUUUAAUUAGCUGUGCUCUUAUUAACCUCAAGGCUAAUUAAAAGACAAUUUCUUAGUAUCUGAUGAUGGUAAAUUCUUAAUUGUUGUUCUUGAGAAUUUCUUAAAAAUAUUAGAAUUUAAUCUUAAAACAAAAAUCCUCUCAAUUUUGUUUACAGAUGUUUAAUAAUCUCAAUUUAACAUUCUAUCUCUCAACUAGUAGCAAAAUAAAAUUUACUUAAUUAGAGAUUAAGUUAAUUUUUAGAUUAUUUCGCUAGUAGACUUUAGCAUAGCUAAAGGAAUUCUUAAUAACUAAUGGUAAGUUUUGGAUAUGCAUAUUUCUAAUGAUGAGAAAUGGCUGAGUGUAAGCGCUAAUACAUAAGGUCUAUUUUUUUAUUAGAUUAAUAAAUCUGAUAACUCUACAAUUUAAUUUUCAUAAGUAUCUUCAAAUUCAAAUGUCAACUUUUACCAGUUCAUCCUAUUCAAAAACGACAAAUACAUAAUAGGUUUAGAUUAUUGGUAGGGAAUAAGUAUUUUCGAUCUAACAACUUUUGCUUAGGAGCUUAACUAGGGAAACACAAACAUUUAGCUAAAUACCCCAGUUAUAAACUGGUGGAUGGUAUAGGGUGGGUUUCCUUAUUCAUCUACUAUUGAAAUUAACCAAGAAUAGUCUUUGAUAUAUGUUGGAGCGAGAUCAUCAGGCAUUUACGCUGUAGACAUUACUAAUAUUUUAAAUCCAGUAGUAUUCUAACUUAUUCAAAUUUAAGAAGAUAUAUUUUAAUUAAUCCUAUCCUACAACCUCUCUUACCUAUACUUAUCAACAAAAAAGAGUGUUGUAGUAUAUUAAAAGGAUCAAGUUAAUCUUUAGAUGAGUUAUCCUAAUUUGUAUAAUAAGCAUUAAUCCACUCUUUCUUCUAUCUUAAAUACUCCAUAUGGUUGGAGAAGUCUUUUGCUAAAAGAUGAAAAAACGCUAAUAGUAACAUGCUCUAAAUAUGGAGUUGUCAUUGCUUAAUUCAACUAAACUAGUAUAUAAAUACCAUUAUAGGUACUCAGUACCAUUUCUUACCCUUUUUUAACAUAUUCUGACAACAUUAUGUUGUUCAGAGAAGAAACAUUCCUCUUAGUUCCUGUAUAAGAUCCUAGUGGAUACAUCAUAGAUGUCUAUGAUAUUUCUAACAAAACAUCUCCAAAAGUUGUGCAACGUAUACCUUCUUAGACAUCUGCUUACAUUUAUUCGAUGUCAAAAAAAUAAGAUGAAACACUUUUUGGUUGCCAAAACCUAAAUUAAUUGGCUUUUUAUAUUGUCUCUGGUAACAUCUCAUUUAACUUGAUCUCUUCAUUUAGUAUUCCAUAAUCUCUUUCAACAGUUUAAACCAAUGAUAUGGUUAUUUUGAAUGGCUUUCCAUAUGUAAUUUUACUAUUUAGAGCAUUAACAAUAGCAGCUUUAGAUAUUUCAGAUGUCUAAAAACCUUUUAUUGCAAGUAAUAUUGAUUCUCUAGGAGCUGAACAAAUAAUUUAAGGUACAUAUUAAAGAAAUUAUUGUUUUAUUGCAGAUGGUUUGUAAGGGAUUUCUGUUAUUGACUUAACUUAACUUCCUAAAAUAGUAAUUAUUUCAAAUGUUUAAAUUAGUGGGUAUACCAAUUUUUUGAAUCUUAUUGUGAAAGAAUAAUUUAUAAUUACAAGUCAGCUAAGUGGAGGAGAAUUGUCGUUAGUAAGUAUGAGCGCUAUAAAAUCUCCUCAAUUUAUUAGCUAACUUUAAUACAAAAAUGAAUUUGCAGCUGCUUCAUCCUUAACAAGCGAUUCAAGUUGUUAAAGAUAGCACAGGUAUUUUAAAUCUAAUAAGAUUAAAGCAAGUAGACUAAAUUCUUUCAAUCCACUAUAUCCCAUAUCUGGAUCACAAAUAACAAAUGCUUAUUUUGUCAGAGAUGGUAUUUUAUAUGAUUUACCUUCUUGGAUGGUAUUUGAUAUCUAUAAAAGCACACUGACUUUGAGUAUUACCAAGGAUUCGCUUAAUGUAAUUAAGGCAAAUAACUUAGACAAUAAUGAUAUUACAAAGCAAACUGUUGUAUUUGUAACUAAAUUGCCUCUUACAUAAAAUUCGUUUGCUUUUACAAAUGAACUUACAGGGAAUGUAGCAAUUAGCCAAAAUAUGAGUUAACAAAUUUUUAUUGCCUAUAAGAAUAUGGGCAUAAUAAAUCAUUUGAACUAAGUUUCAGAUUCAUUUGCUGAAGAUGAAACUUUUACUCCUCCAAUGAUUACUGGAUUAAAUCUAACAGAUGAUGCAAUCUUGAAAAUAAAAAAAGUAUUAUAGAUGAGUUUAACAUAUUCUCCAGUUGAUCUACUUUUGCAAAAAUCAUUAAUAAUCGAUUUUAUGUAAGACAAUAAUUAUAUUUAAUCAUGUUCUCCAUCUGUGAGUAUUUUAUUUACUGUUAAUUAAAAAGAUGGUAAAUUUGUUAAUAGGCUAUAUUCUAGUGUGGUAACUUCAUUAACUGAGAAGUAGGAUUAACUUUAAUUGUAAGGAAAUAUUAAAAGCUUAAAUUAACUCCUUUAGUAAUAAAUUUAAAUAUACCUCUAUGAUAAAAACAGUACAAAUGUUAACAUUCAAAUUUAAGUGAGCGAUGGAAUAAAUAAUGACUUUGUAGAUACCUACACAUUUGAUUAACUCUCUAAAAUAUUAUAAAUAAAAAAAGAUCUUUCUAUUAGUCUAGAAAACAAAUUAUAAAACUAAAUUAAUAAUUAAUAUCCUGGAUCUCAUAUUUAAAUAGGUAGCUAAGUUGAUAUAGAAUUUUCUUUGAAUACAUUCAAUGAUGCGAAUUUUAAUGAUCUGUAAUUUUAAGCCUUUUAAUUUUAUAAUGAUCAAUACAUACCUUUGACUAAUUAGCAAAAUGAAAUUUAAUUCAUUCCUUAAUAGUUUAAAUUUAAUAUUAAAACAUCAAUUUCAGACUUUGGAAGAAAAUAUUGCUUAGCUGUUAAUGUAACAGAUUCUUAUUCUUGGGUUAUAGACUCGUUUUGCGCAACAGCAUCUGUCAUUUCAUUUAUUGUGUUUUUGAAUAUAUUUUUACAAGUAUUCGGACCUUUAUUGUUUUUCUUAGGUAUCCUAAAGUAUUGGAAUUUACUUUUUAAUAUGUUCUUUAAUAAAGAAAAUUUAUUCAAAAAGUAAAUUGAAGAAAACAAAUAAUUUGUGCUAAAAUUUAUAAUAGUUAACGAUUCUUAUUUGAUAGGUUAAAAACUUUUCAAUGAAUAUGUAAAAAAUAUACCAUAAAGUAGAAUAUCUCAAAAAUCAAUUUAGGUAUAUUAAUCUCCUCACAAUAGCUCAUUAUUAAAGAAUUACAUUCUAAAAUUAAAUUUAAAAAAUGAUGAAAUUUUAUAAAAAAACUCAAAUAUUGAUUAAUAAGAAUUGUAAAUUAAUGAUUUUGAAUUUACAAAGGAAUAAAAGGAUAAAGCUAAAUAGAUUCUUCGAAGAGCUACAAGAAUUUUAAAUAGCAAACGUUUCAACAUAAAAACAUUUAUCACUGAUUUAUAUAAUUCAAAUAAACCAAUUAAUUAUGGAGGAAAGGUAAUUUAUCCUAGGUAACUAUAAAAUGAGCUUAAUGACUCUGGAAGUGUUCUCUACAAUUGUUUGUCUGGACUUCUUAUUAAAUCAUUAUUAAAAUUAAAUAAACGCACAUUUGUUGUUUAUUAACUAAUAAAAUAAAUUGCUUAAAUAUGCUAUCAAAAAUCUUAAAAAUAAUGGACUGAAUUCCUCACUGAGUCUUUUCCAAUAUUAAUGUAGAAGAAUAUGAAAAAAAGUGCUCUAUAAAACUCUAAUGAACUAAAUGCAGUAAAUAUAAAAUAACUAUUGGGAAUAGACUUAGGAUUAAUAAUUGACAACAUCAUUACAGAUGCAAUUGGUAUAGUAAAUCCAACAAACAGUUCACUAUAUCCUAAUAGCGGAGAAAGUAUACACCUCCUAGAACACAAAAUUAAAAAAGUGUAAGCAUUUAUGAAAUCUAAGAACUCUAAAACAUUUUGUUUAAAGAAGUUAUUAAAUAUGGAGUAUUAGCCUUUAUUUUCUCACAAAAAUUAACAAUUACCGAGCUGGCUAAAAAUUAAAAUAGAAAAUUAACUAAUUACUCUUUAUGGAAUUGUUCCUUAGAUGCAAAACUAUGGUAAAUUAAAGAUUUGUAUUUUCGACUGCAAUGAAUGCAUAAUUAGAGAAGUCAUAUUAGAAAUGAAAAACAAUAAUAGUAAAUAAAAAUCUUAGCUAAACAUAACAAAUGAUAUUUCUAUUAUUGAAUCAGAAUAAGCAUCACCUCUUAAUAUAUAUGGUUAUAGUGAAGUAAGAGAUAAAUUAUCACACAAAAAGUUAAAACUAUUUGAAACUAUGUAAUAACCAAUUUUAUAAAAUAAUAACAUUAAAGUUUUUACAUUUGAACAACUUUGCUCAGAUAACUAAUUAAAUGUUAAAACCCAAAACAAGAUAUAAAAAAGUAAUGUCUAAUAGCUAAAUAGAACUAUCAUAAAAUCAAUAAAUCCGUUAUUAAUUGACAACAAUGUUGGUAUUUUAGAAUGA